GGAGGGAGCGUCGGCGGCGCCGGCGGCGCGGGCGUCGUGAUGGUGAAGCGCGCCGCCCUGGUGGCGUGCCUGACCUGCCCGCUCUGCCGCCGCCUCCUCCGCGACCCGGCCACCAUCACCGAGUGCCUCCACACCUUUUGCAGAAAGUGCAUAUCGGAGGAGUUCAUCGAUAAGGAGAUCUGCUACUGCCCUACUUGCAACAUUGAUUUAGGCUGUGCUCCAGAGGAGAAACUCAGAGCUGAUCACAGCCUACUAUAUGUGAGGUCAAAGAUAUUUCCUUUUAAAAGACGGAAGGUUGAGGUUGAGGACCAAGAAGUCACAUCACCGAUUGUAUCACCUGUCAAGAGGAAAGAAAGAUCUCUAUCUUCACUGGCGGUCCAUGGUCCUCGGGUGUCUAUACAGAAAUGCCUUACAAAGAGGAGAACGAAAGCUCCAUGCUUACGCAGUUUGUCUUCGGGCAGUAAAGAUGCAACAAAGAAAGUUGGAGGAUGGAAACCUUUGGCCUCUCAUAUUAGAGUUGGUAAAGAUCGAAAAACUCUUAAAUCAGGUUCCGAAGAUGAUAAUAGAACCAGAAUUAAGUCUGGCGAUCCAGAUGAUGGUGCUCCUUCCAGUAAAGCGAAGGCUAGAGAACAGCUGGCAAGAUACGGGAAUCUAGCCAAGAAGGCUGGAAGCAAGAAAGUGUUCGCUCUUAAGGGAAAAAAGAAAAAGUUCAAGGCAAAACAACCUAGGCAAAAGAAAAGAUUGCGAACAUUAUGGUUCUAUCUAGUGGCUGCUUUUGAACAGAAGAGACAACCUCCUCUACCGCAGCUGCCUACAAAAUUUUUGAGGGUCAAGGAUGUCGAUUUGCCUGCUUCCUUCAUACAAAAGUACCUUAUGCAGAAGCACAAUCUUUCAAGUGAAGCUGAGGUGGAGUUGAUGUGUAAUGGCAAGACAGUGGACCCGGCAAUUACCCUGCAUGACCUAGCAGACAGCUGGCUCGACAAAGGACCGAAGGGUCGGGUGCGGUCGGCCGAGGGCGCCCCUGCCACCGGUUUCAUCACGACGGUAUUCUACAGCAGGCCAGAACUGCCCGCGCCCCUACCCCCAGCUGAAAGCCACAAUGGCGGAUCCUGAGCUCCGGCCCACGUCUGAACCAGUCAUCUGAUACAGCAGAGCCCUCUGGUUGGUGCCAGCAUUGAUGCCAAUCAUGCGAGGCUCGAGCCACCUUGUGAUAUGUAGUUAUUAGACGUUCGAUUUGCAUGCCCUGUGGUGCUUCUCAUCUUAUGAUUUAUUAAGCUGUUCUUCACCAUUUUUCUUCAUCUGACUAAGUACAUGUACUUAUGCGAUGUGUAAUUCCACGUUGAGUUGUUGAGUGCUACUGUAACUGUAGGCGUGCGUGGCAUGUAGGAUAUGCCUCUGUAGUCUGUCUGUGUGCUCGGUUGCUGAUGUGUGUAAUACAGAACUUGUUUGAUGUA